AUGCCAAAAACCAAACUAAAGAAAACGGACGGGAACAGCGAUGACGACAAGGCGAGGACACAGGACACGAGACGGGACACGUUCAAAGAGCCGAUCCAUGGUGUUCGAACGAGGAGCUCUGCGAAGAGCCCUACGAGCCCCACCAGAGGCGACAUUAGGGCAGCCCUGAGGGCAGAGGGCGAGGCAUCCCUGCGCCGAAUGGCCUCUCCUACAGGCGCCGGCGCUAGCAGGGUCGCAGAAGUGGGAAAAGCGACCGCCCCAACGCCAGGUACCUCCAAGUGGACUGCUGCGACACCCUCCGCCGAAAUGGCGGCCAUGAUAAAGACGGCGGAGGAAACGACAGAGGCGCGGUACAGACGAACGCGAGAUAAUCUGGCGACCGCGAGAGCCGCUAUGGGCCUACCUCCACCCUCGGACACCACUAUGGAGGAAUGGGACGCCUUAAUUGAGAAGGAGGUUGAAAAGAGGAAGAAAAAGGAACAGGAACAGGAACAGGACGACGAUGGGAAAAAGGAACAGGAUGUGGAAAUGAAGAAGGAGCAGAGUGGGGAGUCGGAGGUCGGCGAGACAACGGCUGACGAAGCGGAGGCCGCUCUGAAUAUCUCCAAGCGGAAGAAAAAGCAGACGGACAACCUCCCCUCCAUUGAGGCGAUCAAAACGGAGAUAAGAGAUCUAUCGACUACCGAUCUCUUCGCAAGGUCGUACGAGCUGCAAGAUCGGAUACGUUACGUUGCUGAUCACAGCUCGAACUUAAAGGGUAAUUUUAAGCGCGAGCUCCGACUUUGUGCCAAAAUAACGAAAGUCGUCGGAGAAGAGUUGCACGCCCGAUCGCAUGCCCCAACGGACGUUAUACGACUUAGAGUGGACAACUCGACCCUCCAAAUGAAGGUUGCCGCUCAAGAAGUGACCAUCGCCACCCUUAAAACUACGGUGGAAAAGCUAAGGGCUGAGCUGGACGGAGUGAGGGAGGGGCAAUAUGUGGCUCCAUCUGCGGCCAAGAAGCCCAAGAAGGAGGAGGAACCUCCUCUCCGACGAGAACUGGAGAAGAUGGAGGAGAGAAUCAUGCUCCGCCUCGAGGGCACGAUAAAGAUUCUCGGGAAACCGAGAGGGGAGGCUCAGGCACCCUUGAUCGGGACUCGAAGUGCCCCUCCACGAGGUCCGAGUACCCGAUCCGGGAAUGCUUCGCAGAUCAGCGACAAAGGACCGCCGGCGAAAUCCCUAACAUUCGCCGAGUGUGUCCGUAGGGGGUUGAAUGCGAGACCAAGGAGGGCGUUGGUCACAUCAACCCCAUACGCGACGGACUCCGAGGACGACGGGGAAUGGAGGAGAGUAGCGGGCCGCACGCGCUCGACGAGAAGCCUCCAGAUGUCUACGGACGCGGGUGGGACCACCUCUGGGACUGAGGGUCCUAGAGGCGCAGAGAAGAAGAAGAGGAAAAAGAUUAAAAAGAAGGGGCAGCCGAAGGUGGGGCGGGUUCCCAAGAGCUCUGCUGUGUCGGUCACACUGGUCCCUGGCACUGGGGCCACUAUGGCCGACACUAUCAAGGAGGCACGCAUGAAGAUUGAACUCAGCGGACUAGGCAUAGGACCCGGGCAGCUAAGGCCCAAACGGGCCAUUACUGGGGCCAUGCUCCUCGAGGUGAUCGGGGAAGACACCGAAAGGAAGGCCGCCGCAUUGGCGACGGAAAUGCGGCAGCUUUUCCAUGAUAGGGCGGACUUGAAAAUCGCAGUGCCGCAGAAAAUGGCGGAGGUGAGGGUCACGCGCGUGGAUGAGUCCGUGACCUCGGAGGAAAUUGCUGCGGCAAUUGCCGCCAAUGGAGGCUGCAACGUAGGGGAUGUUAAGGUGGGGACCAUUAAAUUCCCCCCUUAUGGCAUGGGCACGGCAUGGGCCAAAUGCCCAAUUGCCGCGGCGAAGAAGGUAGUAGCACUGGAGCGGUUGAUGGUCGGGUGGUCGGCCACCAUAGUGACCCCACUGGAGGCCAGGCCGCUCCAGUGUUACCAGUGCCUGGAAUUUGGGCAUGUAAAGAUGCGAUGCCCAAAAGCAAAGGAGGCGGCAACCCCGAAAUGCUUCCGGUGCGGCAACGAGGGUCACCUCAUCGCCGAAUGCAAGGAGGAAAAGCAUUCUUGCCUCUUGUGCAAGGACAAAGGUUACGAGGCUAACCAUCGGAUGGGCGGCCCAUAUUGCCGCACCCUACAAGAAAGCAAGCGACGCAACAUUCCUGUUGCGCCUAAAUCUACAGAGCCUGCAAUUUUCAAGAAGCCGACGGCCCCGGCCUUGAAAACCAAGAAGAAGAAGAAGCCUGUAGAAGUCCCAGAGUUUUCGUCCAUUGAGAGGGGCGAUCUCUCAAUGGAAAUGGAGGUAGUGUAG